ACCUCUGCCGGAUGCCUCCUGAUCACGGGCCUUGCAAGGAAAAACUACAACAACGCUGGUUUUACAACCCAAAGACCAAAAGGUGCAAGAGAUUCACUUUCAAGGGCUGCAAGGCGAAUGCCAACAACUUCAAAACACCUUUGGAGUGCCAAGAGAAGUGCCCCAAGGGAGACAUCUGCAGGCUGCCUCCUGAUCGCGGGCCUUGCAAGGAGAAAAUGCAGCGCUGGUUUUACGACCCGAAGAACAAAAGGUGCAAGAAAUUCACUUUUACGGGCUGCAAGGCAAAUGCCAACCACUUCAAAACACGUGCAGAGUGCCAGCGGAAGUGCCCCAAGAGAGGAACUCCCUGAGGGCUCCGUGGACGGAAGCUCGGCCUGCUUUGUGCUGAACGGAGAGAGAGGCCGGUUCAGGAGGAGACCAGGCGCAGAAAGCCUCCAGGCGCCUUCAAGAGGGGGGGGGAUUCUGGAAUAAAUCCUUGCCCGAAGGAGACGGUGGUCUCAGGUGCUCUGUGUGUCUCUUUUCCUGGCAAGGGGAAGGGGGCACAGGCUGCCCCCCACUUCACUAUUAAACACACAAU